CGGUUGGGGGACGCCGCUUGCGAAGCUUCCCACCACUCGGGGUCCUGGAACCGGGGGCGGGAUGUGAGGACUGCGCCUGCGCUUAGUCUCGGAGGCGGGGCCCGGCGGACGUGGGCAGUAGCGUUGGAAAAGCCGGCGCUGGAGCGGGAACAGGAGUAGCUGCCUGGGUGCCGAAGGCCGCGGCGCUCCCACGCGGACCCCGAAACCCGCAACCCGGGGAUGGGCCCGCGGCUGCGAGGCGCCCUGGCUGUGCAGAGAGGAGUCCCCGAGCUCCACCUUUGACCAGCGUGCACCUGGGAGAGUGAGAUCAGAGACCACAGCAGAUCGUGGCGCUGUGAUCAGGGGUACACUCAAGCUGUGGGUCCCUGAGCCCAGCCUUGAGAUCCUAGGAAGGCCUGCAGCCUGAAAGGGGCCUUGAAAGGGGAUCUUCUCUGGAUCAAGAAAUGGUGGUGAAAAAUGUUUCGCAAAGGCAAAAAACGACACAGUAGUAGCAGUUCCCAAAGUAGCGAAAUCAGUACUAAGAGCAAGUCUGUAGAUUCUAGCCUUGGGGGUCUGUCACGGUCCAGCACGGUGGCCAGCCUCGACACAGAUUCCACCAAAAGCUCAGGACAAAGCAACAAUAAUUCAGAUACCUGCGCAGAAUUUCGAAUAAAAUAUGUUGGUGCCAUUGAGAAACUGAAACUCUCUGAGGGAAAAGGCCUUGAAGGGCCAUUAGACCUGAUAAAUUAUAUAGACGUUGCCCAGCAAGACGGAAAGUUGCCUUUUGUUCCUCCAGAGGAAGAAUUUAUUAUGGGAGUUUCCAAGUAUGGCAUAAAAGUAUCAACAUCAGAUCAAUAUGAUGUUUUGCACAGGCACGCUCUCUACUUAAUAAUCCGGAUGGUGUGUUACGACGAUGGUCUCGGGGCAGGAAAAAGCUUACUGGCUCUGAAGACCACAGAUGCAAGCAAUGAAGAAUGCAGCCUGUGGGUUUAUCAGUGCAACAGCCUGGAACAAGCACAAGCCAUUUGCAAGGUUUUAUCCACUGCUUUUGACUCUGUAUUAACAUCUGAGAAACCCUGAAUCCUGCAAUCAAGAAGUCAACGUCAUCUGAAAGUUCAGCUGUUUUCAAUCUGCAGUGCUGAGGUGUUAUGCAAAUAAUGAAAUGAUCCCUUGUUCUAGGUUUUCUGAAGAAAAUGGAUUGUGUAAAAUGCUGAUCAUUUGUUUAUUAAAAUGUGUCAUAUUACAGUGAGUUAACUCUCAAUGAAGUCAUCUACUUUCUGGGAUAAAAAAACUUCAUUUGUCUUUUUCAAAGUUCAAAUAAGCUUAACCUAAGUGUCACAGAAGCCUAGGUGUCCCAGAGGUCCAUUCAGUGACAAACACUGGAGGCCUGCCUGAGGAAGACUGAUGACAUGUGUUCAGUAGUGGCUUCCCAGUGACGUGGGAUCACUGGCAUGGACCUCUCUCCGGCAGAGGUGUGGACAGGAGACCAGGAUUCAUGCUGGUUUGGAACAGUGACAUUGCCAACUUGAGACACACAAAGUAGAUUUUCACAAGUGUCUGGUCAAGAUAACAUGCUGGCAAACCACAAUUCUUAGAGUUAAGAGAACCUUAAAGGAUUCCCGCUCGUGCUAAGAGUAGUAGAUAAAGGAUCGCAUGCACAGUAUGAUAGUGUACUUUUUUAAAGGACUGUCAAUAUAUAAAACUUGAAAGAUUAAAAACAUUAAAAAUAAAA